AUGGUCAAAGCCAGCAAAGGAAUUCUUAUUAGUUGCGAUCCCGCCGUGAAGCAGAUUAUCCUCAAUCUCAACGACAGGAAGAGAUUCAUUAUCCAGGAUUUAGAUCUCCAGCACAUCCUCGUCAGCCCUGACAGCGUACAGACUAUUAAAUUUGAAGUUGAGAAGGAGCUUGAGCGCAAUACCUUCCAGAUAUUAGAUUGA